ACACACCACUCCCAAUUACCUUGGUGGGGCCCAAGUAAUUAACAAAGAGAAAAAAAAAAGGAAAAUAAAAAUGAAAACAUAUAAGACCCAUUUGGAUCUGCUUCCCAUCGUGCCUACCCCUCAAAAAUACUUUCUUUUUUGUGUGUGUGUUUUACAGAGAGUUGUUCUCAACCAUGAGAAUAAGAAAGCAUGCCAAAAUCUCCCCGCUCUUCUAUACUUGUUCUGUAUUCCCCGGUGCCCACCUCUGUCAGCUCAACCAGUCUCCAUGGGAUGUCAUCACAUUCCACGACGAUAACAACCAAGAAAAUAAUAUUAAUCAGCAGACUCUACUUCCUCCUCCGGCACCACCAUCUUCUUAUCAGUUGGAUGGAUAUGCUAGCUGUGCUGCAAAUGAGACCUUUUGUGAUUCUGAACAGAGCAUCACGUCAAUGAAGUUGUACGAUAAUGGGGAGACGAAAAAGACAAAUAUUUUAGACAAUAAAGUUGCUGAUGUGCCUGCUGAUUCCAACAAUUUCGAGAAAGAUGAGGAGAUGGUAGAUGGAAAUAACACUGUUCCAACAAUGUGCGUCAAGAAUGAUGGGAAGGGAUGGCAAUGCAGUAGAGAGGCGAAAAGAGCGCAUAAUUUAUGUGAGCACCAUUUUGCACAAGGGAAAAAGCAUUGCAGUAGCAACAACUCAGCUCAAUAUUCUACUACUACUGCUGUUGUUGCUGCUGGUGUUAACUCAGACACCGACAUUAAGCAAACUGCGGUGGCAGCAGCCGAGAUAACUCCGAGUUCCCGCGUCCGCCCUCAUCGUACUAAGAAAUUAUUGUCUUCCGAAUAUUACUAUUAUUCUGGUUUUGGUCCUUUAUGGGGCAUGAAAAGAGGUCCAUCGACUGGGAAGAAGAAUAAUACAGCACCACCCGUAGCAAGAGCAGCUGAAAUCUACUCUAAUCAUGACAGUACUACUCAAGGGGGACAAUCUUCGUCUCCUCAGAUGGAUAAUGAAGGAGUUGAGCACGUUGAAGAUGAGGAUGAUGAUGGUGAAGAAGUUGAAAACUGUAAGCUGAUCAAAAGAGCCCGUAAGCCCAUCAAAGCCAGGUCACUCAAAUCUCUAAUGUGAAAUGCUCAACAGCAAUUUCUAGCUAGAUAGUGUAUGUAGUGUCUUUUGGUCGACAUGUGUUGUUAUUAUUGUCGUAGAAUGUGGUUUGUUUAGGGCAUGCUAGAUUUUUGUUUACUUAGAGAAAAAAAACAGUUGAUUUCGGUUUCAUGGUCCUAGUACUCUAUGUGACAUUAGCUUUGCUUACAACAGUUUAAACCUUGGCAUGUGCAGAAGAUGUUUAUAUGUAGACCGUGGUGUUGGAUUGGACAAUUCUAAAUAAGGAUAAAACUGUAAUUCAC